GCUAGUCGGCAGAAAGUAAACGACCUUUCUCGUCAUCUAUAUACGUUUUCUUUGUUCUUUAUGAAAGAUGCCGCUGGGUUUAAAACCAUGCUGCGCUGUAUGCAAGACAAAUUCGUCCUCGAUGUGGAAGAAAGGAAACCAAGGGGAAAUCUUGUGCAACAACUGCACCGGUAAGACUACAAGUAGCGGUGGUUCUGGACCAUCGGCCUCCGCUAACGUACAACAGAAUAAUGGCGGGGGAAAGCAGUCAAAACAAGAAAUCCACCGGCGAUCUGCGCGGUUAAGGAGUACUAAAUACAAAGCACCAGCAUCUGAGAAGAAAGUGUCUACGAAGGGAAAGGGAAGACGACACAUUUUUAAACUUAAAAACCCCAUCAAAGCUCCAGAGUCAGUGUCGACCAUCAUCACAUCAGAAUCUAUCUUCUACAAGGGCGUUUAUUAUCAAACUGGAGACGUUAUCAAAGUAACAGACGAAGAUGAUGGUAAGCACUAUUACGCUCAGAUACGUGGAUUCGUCCAGGACCAGUACUGCGAGAAGAGCGCUGCACUAACAUGGCUUAUUCCAACACAAGCUAGCCCGAAAGAUCAGUUUGAUCCAGGCACUUACAUCCUCGGCCCAGAAGAGGACUUACCGAGGAAGAUGGAGUACCUUGAAUUUGUAUGCCAUGCCCCAUCAGAAUAUUUCAAGUCACGGAGUUGUCCAUUUCCUACAAUACCAAUUCAUCCUGAGAAAGGCUACAUCUGGACCCAUAUAGGACCGACACCUGCUAUUGCAAUCAAAGAAACUGUUAGCAACAACACUUAG